AUGAUUGCUGCUGACGCUUGUUACUUGGCUUUAAUUUUGUCUAUAUUUCCACAUAGUUCUCGAGCUCUAAGAUGUUUUCAUGGAACUGGAUCGAACGCUGUAGAGGUCGAUGUAGAGGUAAAUAUGUGUGUAUUUUAUGAGAUCAACAGUUGUAACAAUCCACAACGCUACAUGGAUAGCAUGUCAGUUGACGCUCCAUAUCAGGUCGACAAUCGAUGUGGAGUGUUCCAAAACUCCACUUACUCCUCAAUAGCUGCUUGCUUCUGUAGUAGCGAUAGCUGCAAUGGAGAUUCAAUCAAGGAACACAUCGAAACGAGUAUCCAAAAUGAACCUAUAUUACCCGCAGUCGCCUCGUGGACAUUCAUUUCGAUUUCUGAGAGCACCAGGGCUAUUAUGACAUGCUUCAAACAGAACAUGUUCCCUGUUGACGAAAGCUUUGAUUUGACGGCUAUUCUUAUCCCUGUAGGUAUCGUAGUAGUAAUACUGCUAUGUAUCUGUCUACCAAUUGCCUAUCAUUUCAAAGAAAAACGUCGAAAGAAGCGUCUAGCUGAGACUUGGGACCAGAGAGUCAAGGAAGCCGGUAAAGAAAUAGAAAAGGAAGGCGAUUCCUCAGUUUUCACAGGAUCGGCUGUACCAAGCGGGGGAAAGAAGAAGUGA